CUGAGCACUGCCCCUCUCUGUGGUUCCCUGCUGCCACUACUACCCACUCCUCCUCCUCCUCUCCCUUGGCGCUACGCUUCUACUUUAAACUCUGCCUGCCUCUGCGCCGAGACCUUUCCUGCCCUUUUGGCCUCUCUCUGUUCUGUUCACUCCCCAUGCUUCUUGGCCCGCAGGCCUCUGGAAAAAGCUUCUGCCCUUUUUUCCUUCCGGUGAACUAGUUAGUGAAGCUUCUUUUCUCGCUCUGUUCCUAAAGUUCCAAGUUCCUCGUCGGCCUGUGUGUUCCUGCCCUUGUAUUGUAUCUCAGAUUGCAAGCCAGACCCUUUCGUUUCAAAAAUCCUGUUUCCAUAAAGCUGCAGCCCUUUUUGCUUCGACCAAGGGGCUUCCGGUCCUCUGCAUCCGCACGGCACCGGCACCGGCACCGUGUGUUAGCUUUCAGGAAAUCCCGAGCUGAUCUCCGCGAGUUCCCAUUCCCACGCUGUAGCUGUAGCUUGUAGUAGGGCUCUGUAGCCCUGCCCUGCCCAACCCAACGCUUGCAUCGCAGCCGUUCCUGAAGCAGUGCAGCUCUACGAAAACCACGCCAUGGGCCGCGCGAUGAGGUGGCUCAAGAAGGUGCUCGCCGGCAGCAAGCACCAAGGGGACAGGGAUCGCAAGGCGCAAAACGCCGCGUGCGCCGCCUUGCCGCCCGCGGAGAAGAGGCGGUGGAGCUUCGCCAAGCCGAGGAACAGCGUGGCUGACGGCGGCGCCCGGCGGCCCUCCGUCGCCGCCGGGGAGCUGUCGCAGGUGCGCCCGUGCAGCUGCGGCCAGGAGCGCGUGGCCGCCGCCGCCGUCGUCAUCCAGAAGGCCUUCAGAGGAUACUUGGCUCGGAAGGCGCUCCGCGCUCUCAGGUCGCUGGUGAAGCUGCAGGCUCUGGUGCGUGGGUACCUGGCGAGGAAGCGGACCGCCAUGACGCUGCGCAGGCUGCAGGCGCUCAUGAGGCUCCAGGCGUCAUCCCGGAGAUCCGUCGAACAAGAGCGGAUCGCCGCGCGGGUGAAGCCACUGGCCCUGCCCGCGGCGCACCGGCGGCGGCUGUCCGACGGCGGGGACGACCGCAGCCCGAGGAUCGUGGAGAUGGACACGUGCCAGCUCCGCUGCCGGUCGUCCCGGAUCACGACGAGCCGCUACUUCCACGAGCCGGCGUGGUGCCUCCUGCAGGGGCCAGAGCAGGUCGAGCCUGCGCACCCGAAGACGACGCACAACACGCCCCGCCUCGGCGCGUUCCCGGGGUACCUCGGCUCCCCGGCGAAGCCGCGCGCGGCCGCGUGCCGGGACGCCGGGAGCAGCCCGCGGUACAUGGCGGACACGGCCUCGUCCACGGCGCGCGCCCGGUUGCAGAGCGCGCCCAGGCAGCACGCAGGGCGAGAGCAGGCGACGAGGCCCAGCGUUGGCCGCAGCGCGAGCGGGCCGAGGAAGCAGCAGGACAGCUUCAGCUUCCAGAGCUCCGAGGCCAGCCGCGUGGAGGUGGAGGGCUCGGAGCUGAGCGACGAGGUCACCAGAGACUACUACCUGGACCGUCUCUGGUGAUUCCGACCGCGCCCGAAUGCAUGCACACCCCCGUCGCCAGGAGGAGGAAGGUUAACAAAUCAAAUCAGUACAUACCAGUAGUACCACUAUUAGGAUCAAACAAGGUCUAGUCGUCUGAUCAUGCAUGGUGAAAUGUCAUGAUAUCGUGCUAGCUAGUUCGUUCGACUACUAAUCUCUACUGCCAGCCAUGGAGCUCAAGUACCCAGAGGUUGUACGGUAUCGUCAUAGAGAAGGAAAUAAAUUAAAUUGUGUACUAUACGUACACUUCUAC